AACACGAUAAAAAUUACAUCUUAAGUUACAAAACUGUCACAUGACCACUCCUGCAGUAUUGUAAAAAAUAAUAUUCUUUGUCUCCUAGCCCUAAUCUUUCAUGAAUUAGGGCUAGGAAACAAAGGAAAUUGAGAAUCAACCAAGAUUAAAUCAAAAUUAACUUGAAACCAACUUUGACCUGUCAAAUAUUACAAAUAUUAUCAGCAUUACAUAGUAACAACAUUCUUUAGGUCCCCCAGCAGUAUAACAAAUGUUGGUCAGUCCUUUAUACUCUCUCAUACAGGUAGGUACAAUAGUAAUUCUGACCUGUUUGUUUUGGCAAUUGCCCUAACCAUACAUGUAUACCCAAAUAAUGAUAAUAAAAUCCCUCACAACAAAGCAUUAAAAUGUGUAGCCAUGAUGUUUAAGUGACAUAUCUACUUCCAGUUUACCAGAGCUCUCUUAAAAUGGUAACUAAGUGCUUGAUUUCCUGUCAUUCCACAAACCUCUAGACUAGUAUGAGCAUGUUAUGCAACCCUCCGAAAAAACACACACAAAAAAAAAAGGGGAAUGCCUUAUGAUAAAUGCUUGACAAAAGAUUGGCUUCAUCAAUAACAGCUUCUUUUGGUGUCAAUUCACAAUAGCUGCGACUGCAACGUUAACUGAUUCCCCACUUUGUGACAAAGACAUCAGCUUAAAAACAUCAAACUUUCCCUGACCUAAUAUGAUGUCAUUGUUGUGGCUGUGUUUCAUAACUACAAGUUGAUCUUGCCUUUUUUUCUUUAACUACUUUUAAUUUUCUGUGAGACACUAAUAAUUCUUUCUGAGUUUAAAAUUUAUGUUUUAAAAUUCUCAUUGCUUUAUUACAUGGAUUUGAAUCCAAAGUGCUUUGACUGGCACUACUUUUUUGGUCUUAAGGUCACUGAUUCUUUCUGUCAUUUCCAACAAAUGAUCAGUUUUCAUUAUAAGAUUUGCUUUCUUUUUAUAGUUUUCUGCCUUUUCUCCUUUAACUUUGUCUCCUUUUUACUCCUACCUUCUAAAACAACCACACAGAAAACUUAAACAAAAUCUGUGAUGCCAAAAUUUCCCUACAAGUUCCCAGUCAUGCAUGAACAAACAAACCUUUCUGGAGGAAACAUGUAAAUUUGUACACAAAAUUAAAGACUCCUUAAUAAGACAACCAAAUGACAAAGAAUCUUAUUUUUACUCUGAGCUUUAUGUCUACUGUAAAGUGAUCAAUCAAUGCCUAGAAAAUUUUAGGAUUUUGUAGCAUGAAGCUUCGCACUUAACUGAAAUAUAAAGUACCUUGAUGACCUCACUAAAUCCUUAAGUGAGAAAAAAAAUUAAUAGAAAUGUACCAUUGAUCAUUUUAAGCAUUGCACUGUACUGUAAAUUAGUGAUCAAUCAAUGCCUAACAGAAAGGAUUCCUCAGCAUAAAGCUUCGCACCUGACUGGCAUAUACCUUGAUCACUUACCAUUGUGCAUGUAAAUGUAGCAGCCAAACAUUCUAUUAAAAAUUUGUGGAAAAAUAAAGAAACUUGAAAUAUUAUCAGAACUGAUUUGCAGUUAAGGUCAAAUGAUGCAGCUGACUACAAAAUUGUCUUUCUUCCACCAUGUCCAUGGAAACUCGUGAAGUUGCUGAUCUAUUUAUUACUUAAUUACAAACUGUUAUCUGCAAAACUGGUUUGAUGUUAAAAUAGUCUGAAAUUGUUGUAAUUCACUCUAUCAGUUUUAAUGUAGCAUUGGUAACAUCGACACUGUAUAUAUACUGCCUACAAGAUUCCAGUCAAACAUAAACAUACAAAACGUUCUAGAGGAAACAUGUAAAUUUGGACACAAAUGACUCCCACAUGUACCUUUAUAUCUUGAUAAGAAAACCAAAUGACAAUGAACCUUAUUUUUAUUCAAAGCUUCAUGUCUACUGUAUAAAAGUGAUCAUUCAAUGCCUAGAAUUAGGAUUCUCCAGCAUCAAAGCUUCGCACCUAACUGGAAUAUACCUUGAUCACCUUACAAAAUCAUUAUUAGAGGAAAAAAAAUAGAAAUGUACCAUUGAUCAUUUUUAAUAGGCAUUACACUGUACUGUAAAGUGAUAAAUCAAUGCCUAACAGAAAGGAUUCCUCAGCAUAAAGCUUCGCACCUAACUGGCAUAUACCUUGAUCACUCACUAUGUACAUGCAAAUGUAGCAACCAAACAUUCUAUUAAAAAUUUGUGGAAAAAUAAAGAAACUUGAAAUAUAUUAUUGGAACUGAUUUGCAGUUGAGGUCAAAUGAUGCAGCUGACCACAAAAUUGUCUCUCUUUCACCAUGUCCAUGGAAACUCGUGAAGUUGCUGAUCUAUUUAUUACUUAAUUACAAACUGUUACCUGCAAAACUGGUUUGAUGUUAAAAUAGUCUGAAAUUGUUGUAAUUCACUCUAUCAGUUUUAAUGUAGCAUUGGUAACAUCGACACUGUAUAUAUACUGCCUACAAGAUCCCAGUCACACAUAAACAUACAAAACAUUCUAGAGGAAACAGUCAUGUAAAUUUGGACACAAAUGACUCCCACAUGUACCUGUAUAUCUUGAUAAGAAAACCAAAUGACAAUGAACCUUAUUUAAUUUUUAUUCAAAGCUUCAUGUCUACUGUAUAAAAGUGAUCACUCAAUGCCUAGAAUUAGGAUUCUCCAGCAUCAAAGCUUCGAAUAUACCUUGAUCACCUUACAAAAUCGUUAUUUGAGGAAAAAAAAUAGAAAUGUACCAUUGAUCAUUUUUAAUAGGCAUUACACUGUACUGUAAAGUGAUAAAUCAAUGCCUAACAGAAAGGAUUCCUCAGCAUAAAGCUUCGCACCUAACUGGCAUAUACCUUGAUCACCAUCUAUGUACAUGCAAAUGUAGCAACCAAACAUUCUAUUAAAAAUUUGUGGAAAAAUAAAGAAACUUGAAAUAUAUUAUUGGAACUGAUUUGCAGUUGAGGUCAAAAGAUGCAGCUGAGUAAACAAAAUUGUCUUUCUUCAACUAUGUCCAUGGCAUUGAAACUCACAAAAGUUGCUGAUCUAUCUAUCACUUAAGUACAAAAUAUUAUCUGCAAAACUUGUUUGAUUCCAAAAUGGUCUGAAAUUGUUAUAUAUAAAAUUCUUUCUAUUAGUUUUAUUAAAACUAAUAGAAAGAAUGACAAAGAAAGAAUGACAUACCUUUCAAACGGCGAUGCAAUCCUUCGAUCCUUUACGAAACAAAUGAGAGAAAAAAACAUGGCAAUUGUCUUGAUAAGAAUCUUCUAUCCACGAUCUAUCUCUCGCUUGGAGUAAAAUCGCUGAGUUUAGUGAAAAUCAAACUGAAAUUCGCUUAAAAUCUUGAGCGUCCCUUGACUUGACCGUUGAAUUGAAAGGCAGCCCGCCUGAACAUUUCAAACAUGCGCGCGCAGUUUGGUAGUGUGCAAGGAUUUAUGGGAGUGACGUGUAUAUUUUGGUAUCCAAGCCCCGCGCUAUCAUUAUGUCUUGGCGGGAAAGCAAAAUUACAAUAACCUAUAAAAUGUUCUUACCUGGUUGUCCUCGGCCUCUGCCUUUACUAUCCUUUUAAAUUUUAAUAUUUCCUUAAAAUGGGGAAAUAAAAAUGGCAUUCUUUGUCGUCCUCAUACAUUGUAACCAUAUCAUGAUCAUGUCCAUGACGGGCUCCUGUCUCCGUCUAGAAAAUCAUCUAUAUUAAAAUGGACAGAUUCAGAACAACGAUCUUCGGUUCAAUAUGCGCCAUUUAAGAAAUCUUUGUGACCCAAGACGACUUACCUGAGGGCUCUUUCCACCGUUGCUUGUGUAAACUUGUUUGCCUCUAACCAUGUCUUAACUUGCUCUUUCGAACUACAAACCCUUUAUCGAAGCUCUCCAUGAUAAAGAUAAAGUGGCCCGUACUCAGUGAUUAGGAACUAAUGCUUCCGACUAGACACUGAUUAGAUGAACAUAUAUUCUUCAAAUCGGUGUUGGUUCUAGUGGUCGGACCAUUUUGCGUUGUCAUGGGGUCUAAACAGCUCUAUUAGUAUAGGCCAAGUCAGCCCUGAAUCGGGCCAACUAAACUAAAACCCGAAAUGUCUCUAUUUUUUGAGUAGAAAUGGCUCUAGUGAAAGGGGCCGAUACGCAUCACAUGGCUGAAACAAUUUCUCCUGUGGGCCAAAACGGUUUUCGAUGGGGCUGCAAUGGUCUUUAUUGGGGUCGAUUUAGACCAGAUUGACAAAAUGGUGCCACGAAGGGUCAAAUCAGCUCCAGGUGCUAUAGAGCUGAAUCAGCACUUUGGGGCUGAAACAGAUCUUUUGGAUUUAGAGUGUAUGAAUCUGUUCCUGUAGGGGCAUGAACUUGCUAAUUCGUUAAGUCUGUUAAGGUCACAAUAGUUAUUUUUGACAGAUUAUAAAGUAUAAACACCAACCCUCUUUACCCACAAAGCGAACACUGCCGAGAAGGCUGAGAAGCCGGCGAUAUAAUGAACACGUUCACAGUUUGUUUUAAUUUGGGAGGUGUAGCUUUCCAGUAAAAAGGCUUUUCAUUCACCUAGUUCAUGUGUAUAGCUGAUUCAAUAAAGGUUGUUUUAGGCAUUGGGAAGCUAUUCGAUUCUUUGGUAGUAAAUCAUUCGUUGCAUUGUUCCAUACGCCCAAAGGCCCAAUGUCCAAUUACCAUUGUCCAAUGGCCAAAAUUACCAAUGUCCAAUUACUUUUUGUUUAUAAUAGGCUCAUAGGAGAUUACUUAGCGGAAAUAUAGAGGCGAUAGGAGCAGUAACUUUUUCAAUAACCCGGCUUUAAUUAAUGUACGUUGUCAAGUUUAUAGCGCACGGUCUUUUAAGUCCCUUAAGACUCCUUUGUGAUUUAAACGAUUGUAUAGACCCAAUGCAAAAAUGGCUGCUAGAUUAAUAUUCUUUUGUUUAAAUUAAAAUCAGCCUGACUAGCCUCGCUUAAGUUAAUGUGUCCUUUUGAAUUUUGUGCUGGAGAACGAGGCUAGUCAGGCUAAUUUUAAUUGCAGAUGGAAACUCAAGAUCUCUCAUUUCUCUCAUCAUCUUUAUCAUCAUUUAUUUUUCUUCACAGGAAAAUAUUUCUAUAUUGAAGCUUCGAAUCAUGCAUUUCGUGAUAAUGCAAAGCUGACCUUUGCGGUGCCUAGAAACAAAAGUUCAUGUUGCCUAAAAUUCUUCUAUCACAUGUACGGAUCAGAUAUGGGAACUCUAAAUGUUUUCAGUGGAAAUAAUACGAUAUUUACCAAGUCAGGAAAUCAGGGGAACCACUGGAAAAGAGUCACCCGAACAGUCUACCUCAGUGAUACGGUAAAUCGAUGUGUAAACUGAUCAUGUUGACCUAAGUAAUGAAUUAAUUAACAUUCUACAGGAAAAGGGAUGGGAAGGAGGGAUAGGGCGGCGCCAAACAACCUCCCCCGUACCUCGCAUUCCCGGUUCCCUCCGUAUUUACAUGACUGCAACGCAUCACUUUUUCUGCUGGGAGAUACUGAGCAUUGUUGCGUAAAUUCCCCAAUUUCUCUCUCUUCCCAUGCAUCUUUUAAAUCUCCCUCUUCUCCCCCCCCGCCCACCCCUUCUGUUUCCUGUACUCCUAUCACCCUGUCUUUUGUCUCUAUGAAUGCUUUAAUAUAAAAUCGAUUGUGGGGUCUCUAUUUUUUUGUUUGCAUUAGGGGGGAGGGGCUUGUGGUGCACGAUGGUCCAAGCCCGGCCAACAUAGAAGUGGCACACGAGCCGCAGGCGAGUGUGUCACUCAUGUUUUACCACAUUUUGACGUCCUCUGUGAUCUCAACAGACCCACGCCAACGUGGAAUCUAUUUGUUUAAUUUAUACAAUGAUCAGAAACGAAAAAAAGACUGAUACACAUACCUGCCUCGUACCUCUAGACUGUUAGUAGAUUGGUGCCAGUUUAGGCAUUUUUUAAGUCCCAAACGCUUUUUUUCGUCUGUGCUUCUUCUUUUCUUUAUUUAUCUUACUUGUAUACAGUUUAUUCGAAAAGGUUUUCAACGACUUUUCUUGCUCAAAGCAGAAUAAUUGCGAAAACAUCAUCUCGUAGCGAUGACACCCGAUGGCAACUAUUGUGUAGAUUUCUUGUAUUUUAGGUAUUCUCAAGUUUUAAAGAGCUCUUUUUGUCUCCGUUUUUUCUUGCUAAUUAGUUCUCGAGGCUUUCACUUGCCAUGUUGAACAAAACAAAGAAAACAAGUUUCCUCAUUAUCAUCUCCUCAUCCAUGUAUCUGUACUCUAAUAGAUCGUUUUCACAUGACGUCACGGCGGCCAUGUUUGUGUGAAAAACAAUGAAUCGGCGGCCAUGUUUGUGUACAAAAAAAAAUCCUGUGGGAAUUGGACUCUUUUCACAAGUUAAAACUUUCUUUUAUCCCAAGCAAUUUGCGAAGCUGCUGACCACGUGACUGAAAACGAUUUAUAGAUCAUGGGCAACGACCAAACACAGCGUGCGUAGCAUUCACAUCAUUGUAUAAAUACCAAUAUUCUAUUGUUGUAGUAGCCGGUUUGUUUAAAAGCAACGAGCCUUUAACAUCUCACUUUGUGUUUGAAAGAGAAACAAUACGAUAUAGUCCGAAAAUGGUGCGAUAUAAAAUAGAAAUGUCGUGAUUUAGAACAUGAAUGAAGCGAUUUAGAACAGAUGUGACAUAGAGCAAAACAAAAUAGUGUGAUUCGUGAAUAAACCAACCAGAUAACAGUGAUUUCAAAAUGAAUAUUUAACAAUUAAUGAAUGAGGCUGAGUAUCUUAUGGAGAUCGAGGAAGGUGUUAUCCAUCGAGGCCCAGGCGGAUAACACCCUUCGAGAUCUCCAUAAUUCUUCAUAUGAUACGAAAGCCGAAUUAAAUAAUUGCUUUAUUAUUCAAAAUAAUUCCUAGUUUCAAAACAUAGCUAAAACAAGCUUAUCUACAUCAAUGUUAAGUUUAUUUCAAAUAGCAGGUGUCGCCCUCCGAGCUGUCUUCUUGCUGUUUUUGCACUGUUUUUAGCCAUUAUUUCGCCUAGUUCCAGCUGUAGUUACUCUUAAAACGAGCGAAGUGUCCACCAUUUUAGUUUUUAAAACGAAAACAACUCCAUCUCGUCCCCAGGUCUUCUCGGUUAACGGUGCAUUAACCAGUAGAAGGCUGCAUUUUUGACGUCAUUUCCUCGUUAAACACAAAAUUCUUCCAAAUUUGGUCAUCAGUAACUGGUUAUGGUGAGUUAUGCGUGUGCUUUUAGCCAAUCAGAAUUAGGGAAAUAUUUUAAACAACAAUAAAAUAAAAUAUAAAAUAGAGUGAAGCACCAUGCAGAAGCGAGAGAAACCGUACUGAAUUGGUAGUCCUCCUUCGUUUCUUUGCUGUUAUUAAUUGUGACCGCAUCCUUCCAGGUGACGUUCGAAGGAAUAAGGGGACUAUCGUUUGAAAGUGACAUUGCAAUCGAUGAUGUGUCAAUUUAUGACAGAAGCUGUCCAGGUUAGAAUACUAUCAGAAUAAUUUGCCAGUGGUAAAACAGCUGUAGGUUUAGUUCAAUUUUCACUUAUUAAGGAAAUUGAACGUUUUUAGUUUUGAAGCUGAACAUUUUUGGGAGAGUUAUUAAUUUGGUAAGGGAUGUAUUUACCAACUCGUUCCUUUGCGUAAAUGUUUCUUGCUUGGCAGGUUUAAUCAAACAUUUUUUUUUUAUCAAAUCUUACUCCGCCUAAUGUUUAUUCUGAAUUGAGCAUUUUAUUGCACGAUUAUUGUCGGCGGUUUCCUCGCCGAACUUAGAUGAACAUAAACAUCCCUGAGAGAACAAGAACUCGAUACAGUUUCAAAUCAAAUAUGUCACCCAUCUCUUAUUAAAAAGACACUUUCAUGAUUUGUUCAGGCUGUGGUGGUUUCUUGAAUGAGACUUCUGGGGUGUUGUAUAAAGCAAAUGGCGGAGAAGAAGCCGAAGAGCACUGCAUCUGGAAAAUGGGAAAGGCUGGAGUGAGGGACGCAGUUGCAAUUUUUACAUUCGAAACGAUUUACCUCCGCUAUUGCAGGUAAUAAAAAGCUUUGUGUGAUUGCAAGAGAUGCUCAAACGUACAACUUCACUAGUAUAACCACUCGACUGCUCUUAAACUUAUCCUGCAAAGGCCCUGAAGGCCGGUUUUGCCUUAUUUCUUGUAAUCAUAUACCGCGGUCUAAAGUCCGCUCUAUGCGCCAUGUUUUGCUCAAUAAAACAAUCGAGUUUGUCCUUUCAUUUGCGCUAGACUUAGGGCCUGUUUACACGGCGGUGGGGGACCCCAGAUAGGUGAGGUAGCAUGUGGUGGGUCACCCCACCUAUCAAAUUAAAAUGAGAGAUUAUAUGGACAGGAGGGUUACCUCACCUACCUGGGGUUUCCCACCUCCCUGUAAACAGGCCCUCAAUUUGAUUAGGUUUUCAUGAAAGGUGGGAUUACCCACUACAAGGUACCUCACUUAUCUGGGGUCCCCCACCUUCACGUAAACAGGCCCUAGCUUAUUAGAAGAAAUUAUUGCGUUCUCCUUUUUAUUAUUUGCAUUGUAUUAUGUUUGUUUUGUGUCGUGGGAUUAGUUUGGAAUUUAAUCAUGUCAUAAAAGUUUACUGUAACAAUAAUAACAAUAAUAAUAAUAAUAAUAAUAAUAAUAAUAAUAAUAAUAAUAACGAUAACGAUAACGAUAACGAUAACGAUAACGAUAAUGAUAAUGAUAAUGAUAAUCAAUGAAAAUACUUUAUUAAAAUCUUAUAAAAAGCUGCACACAAAACUUCAAUAAAAUAUUCGUAAAAAGAAAACGUCAUCAAUAAUAAUAAUAAUAAUAAUAAUAAUAAUAACAAUAAUAAUAUUUUUUAAUACUAAUGCCAUAUAACCACGGGAUGGUAGAAGUUACAUGUAGCUCAAAACUAGAGGCACGAUCAAUUUGGAAACUCUGCCAAAAUUACAAUCUGCAGUGCAGCGAAACUUGGUACAAUCAUUCUCCAGAGGCAGUGAUGGAAAAUGACCAAGUGAGCUGAUUUUGAGAUUUUAGAAUUAAAAAAAAUCAUCAUUUAGAUCAUAAAAGGCCGGAUAUAGUCGUAUUGGAAAAGGAGAGCAGAGUGUGCCAAAUCAUCGAUGUGGUAUGUCCUUUUGAUACCCGAAUUGCAGACAAGAACGAAAACAGAGAAGGUCGACCACUACUAGGACUUAAGAAAAGUGAAACUACAACAAAAAUGUGGAGCUGCAAAAGGGUAUCUGUUAUUCCAGUUGUAAUUUGGGCACUUGGGGCAGUGACCAAGAACUUGAUGAUGUGGGUUACUAAGAUAAGAACACCUGGGAUCUUGAACUUACUCCAGGCCCCGGUUGUUCAAACGUUGGAUAGCGCUAUCCACCGGAUAAAUCACUAUCCAGCGGAUAAGUAUUAGGGAAAUCAAUUGCGCUAUCCUCCGGAUAGAUUCUUAUCCUGUGGAUAGCGCUAUCCAACGUUUGAGCAACCGCGGCCAGGAAGCCUGCUUGUUAGGAACAGCAAAGACCUUAAGAAGGAUCCUAGACAUCUAAGGCUAUAGGGAAUAGCUUGAUGACCUAGGAAUACGUAACCACACCGAUGCAACUAGUAGUGUGAGAUAUGGAAAAAAAAAUUGCAGUAAUAAUAUUAAUAAUAAUAAUAAUAAUAAUAAUAAUAAUAAUAAUAAUAAUAAUAACAAAACUUUAUUUAUAGAUUUAAAAAAAAAUAGACUAUUUACAGAUUCAAGAAUAUGAAAUAUUAAAAUAUAUACCCUAUGUACAUUUUUCUUGUCUACGAAAGAGAAUUGUUGUAAAAUGACUAUCUAAAGACUACUAAUAACAAAUUAUAAAAAGCAUCAAGAAGUUGAUAAAAAAAAAAUAAAAACUAUUUAAAAAUAAUAAUUCAAACUGAUAAAAAGUUACUACUUAAAUUCUGGCUAGCGCACUUUCCGAUGUAAUGUCAAUGUCAGAUAUAUUGGCUGCUCUUCUCUAAUAAUAAUAAUAAUAAUAAUAAUAAUAAUAACAGUAAUAAUAAAAAUAUUUUUUAAUUUUUUUUUUAAUUUUUUUAUUUCAGAGCAAAUAAACAACUGUCUAUAAACUAAAAAAUGAAAAUUUCUAUGUACAUCCCAAUAAUAAAGUAUCUAUUGCUGUUAAGUCUAGGGAAGUCCUGAUACGAUAAUGAUAAUGAUGUCGUGGAUAAUAGAAACGAUGAUGAUGACGAUAAUGAUAACUUAUGAUAGGCGAGUUACAACCUAUUUUAUGCCAAAAUGCUGAGUAAACUGAUGUACAACCACUAAAAAACCUUUUCUUCUUGGUUUUCUUCCUCUUUGCUCGUCAUAUAACUUUCCUAGCAUAUUAUGUUCAUCGCCUUAGCGCGAUUUCCGUAUGACCUUGAAAUGAAAACGCGUGAACAAAACACAAAGAACAAACGAACAGAAAGAGAGCGAUUUGGUUUAUUGAAUGCAUACAAAAGCACAUGGCUUUUGAUUGGUUAGGCGAACGCUCGAACAAUGCCUCUUCCAUAUUAUUGGUUUUCUUUGACCGGAAAACGAAGAGUCCAUGUUUUGAUCUUUUCAUCUGUUGGCUGAUAAAACUUGUAACGAACACUUACCGAAAACAUUUUUCAUAGUCACACGAAAAUCGUUCUAGCAAUUCAAAUAACAAAUUAAACAAUUUAAUUUGAACGAAGAUCUACACUCUAUCCUACCCAUUUUUAACAAGGCCCGUCUUUGCCAUUUUUUUUUUCUUUCAUUUAGUGAACACCUCAUGCUAAUUAAACCAGAUGGCUCCAACGUCUUCAACCAGGAAGGCUGUAAUUCUUCUCACCCCGCUGGCACUUCUCUUGAAGUUCCAUUUGGAGACGCAGAAUACCUCAUACUAGAUAUUUCUCUUGAAUAUAGAUGGAGCGUGGUUAACGUCAAGUACAGCAUAGUCGGUCAAACACUUGACUCAGGUUUGUAACCCAUGGCAUACCACACAUGUAUACGUGCAUAAUAAUGAAUACAAAAUCCAUCAUAUAUACCUUAUCAUUUCCAAAAUUUCUUUAACCUAUCACUCCGAUAGGGUUCAUUUUACUUUUCUGGGAAACUGCCCACCUACCCCUCCCCUCAACCAACAUUUUGCUCUAAGUAAGAACUAAGCGUUAAUGUUGGUUUAGGGGAGGGGUAGGUGGGCAGUUUCACAGUAACUUAGAAUUAUCACUUAUUCCUUUUCCUUCGAAGAAAAGGAAUAAGUUGAGGGGACUGUUGUUCAGCAGAAAUCCAUUUCAAAGAGCUUUGUUUUCAUUUUUAUUCACUUCAUUUACGAUUGGAUGAUAAAGAUGACAUAUAACGUAAAUACACGAUCGAGUAAAAGAAGAAUAGAAAAGGAACAAUAUUAACACAAGGUUAUUACUGUGUAUGUUAAAGCUCUUUUAGGUUAACAAACAGAAAACUGCAGUCUGUGAAAAGAUGCUCUAGAAAAGCGUACUCGGAAACUUCUCAAUUUAUGCUAUUCAAAGGGGGUGUUUCUAUCCGAAACAUUAUUUAGCAUUAAAAGCUAAUUUCAGAGAGCUAUUUUCAGUACAAAAGCUCUAUGGUAAAGCACCCAUGAAGUAAUCGUUUCGCGAAUAGUACAGGUCUACAAUACCAUGGAAUAUGAAGAGCAUGCCAUUGUGAUUUAUUCAACUGCGAUGAUCAUUUUCUCUUCAUAUCUUUAUCCGCAGUUCAAAUCAUGCGUGAUGUCAUAUAUUUCUAUUCAGGCAUUUUAAAAUUGAAAUAUUAUUAUGAUUUAUUUUAUAUUCUAAGCGGAAACUGUCCCCUCCUGGAAUAUAACAGUAUCCAGCAUAACCUCAUCUUCAGCGUUGGUAUAUUGGUCAAACCUUCCACUGCCGCAGUCUGUCAGUUACUAUUUGGUGAGGUUCAAGGAGCUCUCCAACAAUGUCAGUAGACUUUUUAAAGCCACUAGCAACUCCUAUUACACUAACCUGCUCAGGGGUUUUACAGCCUAUGAAGUCCACGCAUUCGCUGUUACGUCAAGCAGAGAGAAUGCUACAUACGCGAGCAAUCCAGUCUCCAUGGUAACGGCAGAAGGAGGUAAGGACCUCCAUCAGCGUAUACAAUUGGCUAGAUUACACCACCAAUGACGAUUCUUCAGCAAAAACACGAGACAGUAAUUACCACGAUGUGCAUAUCAUGGAAAAUCAAGUCACCCGCGCAUAAUUCUGACACUUUUCACAGCUACAACACUCAUCACGGUCACAACACUCGUCACAGUCACAACAAUCGCCAUAGCUAGAAUACUUGUCACAAUCAAAACACUCGUCAAAUAUACAACACUCAGCGUCACAAACACUCGUCAGAGCCACAGUACUCGUCAUUUAGUGUUAAACAUAUUCCUGCAUUGCUGUGAAAACAGCAGCAAUGAGGAGCUGUAAUCGGUCUGUGUCUCUCUUCGGCAUAUUUUAAAUGUUUAGCAGGUUUUACAGGCAAGAAAUCCUAAUAAAAGACAGAAAAUGCAAGAUCCAGAAAGUCCCCCCCUUUUUUAUAGAAAGUACCAGAAAUACAAAUAGCAGUAUGCUACUUUACUGAUUAGCUAAGUUGUUUGGUGAGAAAAAUUUCGGGAUUUUAAAAGGACUAAGAAGAUCGUUUUUAUUGACCUUUGCUUAUAUAGACAUCUGCAAAACUUUUAGGCAGGUUCAAACACUGUUUUCCUAAGCUACGCUGCGUUGGCGUUACCACAUCAAUACGGUUAAAGUGUUACAAAUCAGUCUCGCUGUGAAACCUCUGUUUCCAUAAUUGACUCCGGGAAGAUGAAAAUAAUUCUAAAAGGUGAUUCCAUUGAAACCGUUAUCUUACUGCAAGCAGGAACUAAGAACUAGCGGUUUCUACCCUAAUCCUCAAAUAUUCUACAUUUCAUUUAGUUCCCAGCCGUCCACCAACGAAUGUCAGAGUUGAAAACCAUGGAUUGAAUGAGUUCUUGGUCAGAUGGGAUUCCCUUCCUAUCCAGUACGCCAAUGGCCGCUUAUUAGGAUACAACGUUUACUACAAAAGUCUCCAGUACUACUACUAUUGGGACACCAUUGUUAGAGUCAACAACACAGAUAUACCACGAGUAAUUCUGUCGGAUGUUCGGAUUGGAGAACGUUACCAAAUUUCAGUGGCUGCUUUCACUGCUGUUGGAACCGGACCGAGGUCAUCCCUUGUCUAUGAGACGAAAGGUAAAUAUAUCUUUUCCACGAGCUCAUUAGGGUGACAAUUUUAAGAACUGAUUACUUAUUAUUAACCCUACCUUGUUAGACAGUACCCAUUUCUUUCUGGUUUGUGUAGGGAUGCUUAUCUGCUCCAAAAUUUGAUUUGACUUUCCAAAGAUUUUGCCGGCUUUAUAAAUAACUUUGUGAUUAAAAGUUAGCGCAUUGAACGUGAUAAAAGAAAGAGCUACGCAUGCACUCGGGUUGUUCUUUCGCAAGACAGGGUUGUCUUAUCAGCCUAUCAAAAGGGGCUCUGCGUAAAUUAUGACUACAGGAUCAAAAAAAUAAUAGUAAUAAUAAUGAUAUUAUUAAUAAUGAUAAUAAAUAAAUAAAUAAAAAUGAAAAAUAAAUUUAAAAAAAUAUUUAGAACAAUUUUAAAAAAGUAAAUAAAAGAGAAAUUGCGUAUAUUUAGAAAAAUCAUAAUUUGUUAGACGAAUAAGGGAGCUACUACGGUAAGUUACGUAAGUGUAUCAAUACCAAAAGCUAAUGGCUAAUGAAGUCUAAGGUUAGAAAGUUUUUAUAAAUGAAAAAUAAUGUAGCUUCUUUUAUUGAUGUAGGUAAAAUAUUGAAAAGAUCCCCACCUGUUUUAUUAGAGUUGACUUAGGGCUCGUUACAUGAAUGUUGUCCCUUUGUCUUAUUAUUAUGAAUGGUGCGAUUUCAAAUAUAGAAAUGAGGAAUUUAUUAAUUUACAUUUGCGAAAUUUCCCUUGUUUCUCCAAAUCCACCCAGCCUAAAGUUUUGGUUGAUUCUUCGACAAGAGUUUGUCUGUGGUGUAUGAUAAGUUGCACAGAUACUUUUGGAGACUGAAUUACAUGUAAACACCAAAAUAAAUUUGCCAUUUUAGAGGAAAGAAAGUAAGUGUUGUUCUCUAAUAUGUAAUUACAGUCACUUUAAUUAUCUUUCUUUUAUGUAUUGUCUUGCUUUAAGGUUGUGAAGGUUCUGUGAACCGGUCGUUUGGAUGGCUAAAUUUCACGCAAUCGAGUUACAACACUCUCAACUGCAGUAUUCAAAUAAAUAAUGCAGGUGCAAUUCAAGGAGUCGUCUUAGUCUCAUUCAAGUACAGCUACCUCGGUUAUUGCAGGUAAGCGGAAUUAUUCAUUGUAGAUCAGAAAUCAUGAAGGCAAUGUAACACAAGGAAAAAGUCAAAGGAAAUUGUCAAGUCCAAGAACGUUUAUAGCAUUUUUUUUUUUGUUAAAAGGAAAUUUGAAGAAAAACGAUAGGGUUUAAAGUAGACAUUUUAUCGAUCGUACAUCAGUUUUAUAGUAGUUAAAUAUUAUUUUGUGAUGUAGGUGUUACGUCAUAGUUAUCCCACCCAUCCACACCACCAAGAAACUAUUUUAGGAUUCUUUUUUUUUUCGCUUAUUUAAAUAUCCACAUGAUUUUGUCUUAAUUACUCUGAUUUCAUUGCUAGUUUUCUAAUAUUGAUUAGUCGCGUUCACAAGCAUUUGAGUCGCCUCAUUUCUUAUUCUCUGUAGCGAGUUUAUCAAGAUUUAUGACAACACUGGCAACGAGGUUUUCCGUCGAAGAGGUUGUGAUUCGUCUGCUAGCGGACAGUCGGUUGAACUUCCCUUUGGUGACGGGAGUAGCAUAACAUUGGCCAUGGCGGUCUCUCUUUCAUACCGAUAUAGCUACGCAAGAAUUCAAUACACAGUGUUAGACAAAGCCCAAGACUCAGGUAACAAGAUCCUAUGACGACAAAUUUGCUGGAAAAACACUUGAAAAGUGAAAAAAAAUGCUCAGGAAAGGUUGGACCUCUUUCUCAGCUCUCUUAAAGUACUCAAGUGGGAGUAGGAAGUAUCGCACACGUCCGAGGAUAUGUUUAAGGGAACUUAUAAAUUACAUGUACUUUACAAAAUAAAUGUUUGACAGUAUUUUUCGUUGAUUAUUCAUCCACAGCACAAGUGGUGCCUUCAUGGAAUGUUACCAUCACCAGCAAGACAUCAUCAUCAUUGACAGUACGGUGGUCAAACUUCCCUUCAAGUGUUCCAAUCCAGAGUUUUAUAGUGAAGUAUAAGCAAAAAAGUUCAAACGUCAGCUUGAUCUAUUACGUCUCACAUUGGUAUAACUCACACUACACUGGUAAUAUACUUAAAGGGUACACUUUUUACGAGGUCAGUGUCGUUGCCGUAGCGAAUAUUUUGGGGAAUAGGACACUGUACUCCAGUGAGGCAAUAAAUGCAAGAACUAACGAAGGAGGUAAAUAUGCCAAAACAUAACAAACAAACGAACAAACAAAAGUCAAUAAAGUAAGUUAAAACAGCAAAACAUACCAGUCAGCCCAUACGAUGCUCGAAUUAAAAAGAGAGUUUAACUGCAGUUUCGAUUUCAAAAAGCCUUUUCUGCAUUUGAAAUUUUCAUUGAACCUCUAUGAAUUUACUCUUCAAUGCAGACGUUCGUUUGGUUCGCUAUAUAAUGGGGUGUUUACAUGAGAAAACUCGCACCAGCGCAAGUUUCAUAUCAGGAUGACUUUUCGAUUUCUUAUCACGUUUACAUGAUGACUGGGUCAUUUAAUAUGUCUUUAUGUUGAUAAAAUACACGUGUGUUCAAAAUCGCAAACAUUACGCAUGCGCUACCCGUUCCAGUCUACCAACAGACCGAUUUCACACCGAAGCAAGUGUUCGUUUCGCGUUUACAUGAUACCGUUGCGAGAUUUCGUACCGGAGUGAAAUUCUCGCCCCGGUGCAACAACCGGGGUUAACUCACGCCGGGCCGGGCAGGGUGACUCGCGCCGACAUGACAUUUUGUGGUGGUAUCAUGUAAACAAUAUAGAGCCGUGAGAGGGAACCGGAGUGAACUCGCGUUUUGGAGCGACGCACGUCAGCUGGAAGAGAGUCUUUUUUCUCUUUCAAUAUUUCUUGAAGCUACAUUCAAACCUCUUCAAACGGGCACUAAAGGGACAGCACCAAGUGUCCGUUUUACAGAGGGGUCCGUAUUAUAGAGGUAGGGAAUGUAUGAUUUUUUGGUUUUCUGGGACCAAACGAACUGUUCGUAAAGAGAGGUUAGACUGUAUCAAAUUUGUACUCCCUAAUGUCUUCGUGGGAGGCUUAACACUUAAGCAAGUUUAACAGUUAAAGAACAAAAUCUUGUCGGGGAUUUAUUAUAAGGUAUCAUUUAUUAUUAUUAUUUUUAGUUAAGAGUCAUUUCUGCACUAGUAUCCGACAAUUUUUGGCCCUAUUUCCAAAAUGCCCUAGAACUUGGUUUGUUUGUUUAUUUAUUUGUUUCCCUUGUAGCUUGGGAACGUGAACACUUAUCACUUUAACACCCCCUAAAAAAAAAAAAGGUGUCCUUUUAAGUUAUAUUCAAUUAGUCAAGUGUAUAUAAACCUUAUUUUGUUGUAGAGAUCAGGUGUCACUGGCACGUUAGGUACCCCUGGUAACCAUUUUAAGGUUUUUUUUUUUUUUUAGGUUUCUCCUUUUGCUCGUACCUUCUCGCCAAUACCGUCAUUUUGCUGAUUUGCUAAUUUUCACAGUACCAAGCGUUGCACCUUCGGGCUUACGAGUUUCUAGGCUGCAGUUCAGUGAAUUAAAGGUGCAAUGGAAUCCAAUACCUCAGCACAGUGCAAAUGGGCGACUGCUGGGAUAUGUAGUCAUCUACCAAGAGUAUCCCUAUUGGUAUAGCACCCAAAAAGUCAACUCUAGUAGCCCAGAUGUCAAUAUGCUUGUGUUGAGUGGUUUGAAAGCAGCACGUUCCUACAGAGUGUGGGUGGCUGGGCUCACACGCGCAGGAACUGGACCUCAGUCAUCUCCAUAUUACGUCACAACUGGUAAAUUGAACAAAUCGACGUGACAUGACGUCAGAAAGUUCAAAACUGAAUUAGUACCACAGUUGAAUGGUUUCAUAGCCUGCAUGAACACGUCUCCUAUUUCCUUUGUCGUUUCACUGCAAAGCUUUGAACAUUUUGACGUCAUUUGUUAAUUUUACAAUAACAUUGGCUGUCUUAAACUUGCAUUCAGUAAACCGCGCGCAAAAGACUAAAAAAACAAAUUGCGUCAUCAUGACGUAAUUUUCGUGGUCCACACUGAAACGUUUCAAACGUCGUGCUAAUGCCGUUCCGAACUCUAUUCAAUAAAUAAGAAAUACAUUAGAAUAAUUUUAGAAGUUGUUUUUUUUUUGCUUUUAUUUAUUGUUUUCGACAAGAGCUCUUUUAUUCGACUUCUGAAACCAAGGUGGCUAUAGUCGUUUUGCGGUCCAGGCAGCUUAUCCCGGCAGAAUCAUGACGUUUCAAACAGACCUCAUAUAGCAUAGUUCUACUCAUAGACUACUCUAUACACUACUGACUACUUACAACAAAGGCACGAAAUACAGCAUUAAGAUAUACCAUACACUAUACGGCUUAACUGACAGACGACAUCGCGACAUAAUUGACCAAUCAGAUCAAUAACCAGCGUAUAAUGCCAUCAACUGACGUGAUACAACUCACUUUGACUCUGAAGAUGACUACCGCACAGGUUGUCGAAACGUCAGUCACUGUCAACAACAACAGUCCUAUUCAGGACUACGUUCACCCGGACGAUCAAACUCAACCUUUUGACUAUACCUAUUGUUCCUGAGGAAUAGUAUAUUUUAUAACAACCCACUCAUAUUUACGAUUUAUAUAAACUGGUCCUGGCACAUGGUUAGCAAGAUCGCAGUGUGUUUGGAAUUAUUUAACUAAUUGAAAUUAAAGCAGUAGAAGGUUAAAUUUGAUCGAGGAACUAAAUUUUUUUCAUUUCUUGCUGUCAAUUAGAUUGCGGUGGAUAUACAAAUCGAUCUUUUGGCCACCUAGAGACUGGUUCCGACAGGGGCUCAAGCUAUCUAACAUGCACUCUUGUGGUUGGCAGAGGGGGCAUAAAUCAGGCAGUUGCACUAGUGUGGAUAGAAGAUCUGUAUUUGUCAUAUUACAGGUACUGAGCCGUUUUGAGUGAAAUUACUACCUCAGAUUACUUGACACGAUUCUCCGAUUGGAUAGAGAAGGGAACUGUCACGUUGCCAAAGGAGCAAAAAUUGUGGAUCACAAGUUUGCGCUUAAGCAAGGACGACGGCGACAAUAACUAGAACGGCAAACAAACAAACAAAAAAAAGGAUUGUUUUUUUCUUCCGUCAUGAAACUUUCUAAUUUCACGCGCCCGCUCUAUGGGGUUGGUGAACACAGCACAUAAAAUUUUAAACUCAGAUACGGUACUUUCGGAUUUAACCCCAGCGAAUUUAGCUAACUUACCAAGUUAAACGAAACUGAAUAAUAUCGUCGAUGAAGUUUAAUUUGAAACAGUGUGAAUUCACAUGUUUUUUGGUUUGUUGUCAUCUAAAAAUUUUGCUACCGUGACGUAAGGACUUCUCUUCUCUAUUCUUGUCUUAAUUAACCUCAGAAAUCUCAAAGGGAUCAUGGAUUAUGUAAUUUUGCAAUGGAGGUUCGCUGAACUGAUGCAUCAGUGUCGUCAGUGUGUCUAAGGUCAAGUGUGGAGACUUUACCUGAGGAUAUCUCUGCUAUUGACCACCACGGCGGUGACAUGGAGAAUAAAACAAAAACAGAAACAACGACAACAAAACAACUCUCCGGCCAUGUUGAAUAACCCCCCCAAAAAUAUUGUCGGGAUUGAACUCUUUUCUCGUGUAAAAGCUUCCAUUUGUUGCAAAAAAUUAACGUAUAUUUAGUUGAUGACCACUUUUGAGUGAAAGUAAAGUAAAGUUUCAGUUCGUGUUUGCCCAAUCUCCCUUCUUUUUUUUUUUUUUAAAAUAGAGCAUUUGUAGCCCAUUCUUUCCUUCCAUGUUUUGAAAAUGCAACGGCCGUCUCUGCUAAGAAAGAGUUUUGAGAUCUAGAAUUUUUGCUAACAUGGUAACAAGACAUGACCUUUCUUCUUUCUAUUCUUUUCUUGACUAUUACGAAACAUAACAUAUCAGCGGAUAUAAAGUUUUUUUUUCCACCUGUUUGUUAGUAUUUUUUAUUUAUUACGUUUUUCUUCGUGUUUUAGUGAAUAUGUCAAAAUAAUUGACGGAAAUGGAUCACUGGUUUGGCAUAAGUAUGGAUAUUCUUACUCGCCUGACCUGCGAUCUUUCGUUCAGGUUGGGUUCGAAAGUGCCGAUAACAUAACUGUUCAGAUCUAUUUAUUAAGCAGCUACAGUCGAUUCAAGCUUCAGUACGGAAUUAUAAAGCAAGGUCUUUUCUCAGGUUAGAAUCUUUCCAUAGAGCUAAUUGAAUUAAUUAUACAGUUGUAUAUAACUCUCUGAUAUAUCGACUUUUAUUGCGGGCUCCUUUCGUCACCAGCAAUCCUAAUUUUUAGGUUUGUUAUUACGCAUGCGUCGAAUGUAUGUGGCAAGAAUUCGUUUGGACUUCCACUAAAAAUGAACGGAAUGAACAGAACACGUUUCCACCUUCUACCACUCGUAAUCUGAUCACGCGUUCCGACCAUCUGUGUCGUGAAAGCUACGCAAAGCACAGGGUUGGAUCAUGAGCAAAAGCGCUUUGACCUGCGAUCGCUGUCUCCCGCAAUCCGUAACCUUUGGCUAUUACUGGUGCAUUUGCGUCCUAGAUACGCUGCCAAAAGCGAGCCAACGAUGGUUUCCGCAACAUCAGUUUUUCCCAACUAAUUGGUCUAUUUGCACUGAUGCGCUUAGACGUUGCGCAACCGAAAAAUACCCUGAGAAAAGACCAGUACAGUCAACUCUCGCCUUGCUGACACCCCUUUAUAAAGAACACCCCGAUAAUAUGGACAGCAGUUAAAUCCUAUGAAAAAAUAUAUUAAAGAUGUUUGACUGAAAUGAACUCCCGCAAUUACGGACUCUCGGCGCUAAUGAGGACACCAAUUCAAGGUCCCCACAGUGUCCGCUUUAAAGGAAGGUGGACGUAAUGAUUCAGUAUCUCGUAAAGGUGUUUUAUUUUCUUUGUAUACGUAAUUCAUUUUCUCAGCUCUACCUGUCAACUGGAAUGUGACCAUUGGCAACACCUCGAGAACUUCGAUAACGGUUCACUGGGAGAAUUUAUCACCGCUUAUCAAUAAUACCGUACUCUAUUAUAUCGCAUACGCCCACGAUGGUAACCUAUCAAGUGCAGCGGUCGUUUCUGGAAGUUUAAACACUUCGAACGUUGUGGGGCUGUUGCCUUACACUGAAUAUCAAGUAAGAAUCAUCGGAAUAAACAGCCUUGGUCAGCCCUACAACAGCUCAAACGUCACAGCCCUAACAGAGGAAGGAGGCAAGUGAAGUAUAACGUUACUUACGUUAACGGCGCGCGUUUAGCCUUUUUUUGAUAGCGCGCUUGAAUUUUCAGAUUUGUUGUUUAUUGUAGUUAAUGGUGUGUCAUGCCUGUAAAGGCCAUUGACGGGGAUGAAUGCCGGUGAAAUGGGUCGAAAUGCGGGUGAAAGACAACAAAAACUACGUUGUCAGGGUGCAGAGAAAAUCACUUUUACAGCUGACUAUUCGGGCAAGCUGAAGCUAGCAUUUACUAGCCCAGACGUCAUUUCAACUAGCCUCAAAAGCUUUUUGACGACGGAAGAGUUGAUUUCACAGUUCAUGUGCUAUUAAAAUUCCUCAAAAAACAUCACUUGCCAGUCGGGCAAGUUAAAAACAGAAUUCAUUAGCCCGAUAGCAAAAUCCACUAGCCCCGGGCUAUCAGACACGACUUUCUUUGCACGCUGAUUGUUUUCCCUUUCCAGUUUAUUUAUGUUUUUGUCAUGAGUGAAAAAUAUUGAAUCUGACUAGGUGAGGGCAAUGCAGUUUAAGUAACCACAGUGCAAUAGAGGAUAUUCGUAUUCCCCGACGGCCCUGGGACGAGAGACUUCACAGCAUGAUUGCCAGGCUAAAGCGGGGAACUUUUUAGCAAAGACACAAACAAACAUUUGUUAGUCGCGGCUGAAUCGCUGCAAAACGAUAGAAAUCAGCAAAAAACCGCAAGAUUUAAAAGCUGAAACCUUACGGGUAAGCUUAAGGGAUAUCUGUUUCAAAAAACAAAACUGUGGGAAGAGCUGGUCGUACGGCUAACAGCAAAAGUUAAAAAGCCACGAAGCCAAAAGAAGAAACAAGAAGUAAUCAAGAAAAUGGUAUAUUGUGUCAAAAUGUCAAUACUCGAAUCCUUUUUAUAAAAUUUUAUUCUUGCUUAUUAUUCUUUUUCUCGUGUGUGUAUCUGUAGUGUGGAGUUUAAACUACUCAGUAUUAUCGCCUGUUCCCUGAACUCUGUGUUCAACUGCGUGCACGUUUUAGUACUCUCGCACAGUUGUUAUCGAAGAUAAUAUAAAUUAUAUUAAAAAAAAAAAAAAGAAAACUUUACCUAGUCAUCUUUGUUCAAACCGGUUUGACUUCCUUAAAAUGCACAUGGACUGUGUGCAGAACGCUAAGCCCCGUCCUGUAAUUAUCCAAAGAAUUAGUCGUUUGCUUUACUUCAAAUACACAUUCAAGAUUUUGCACCCGCUCUGUUAGAAAAUUUCAACUGGAAAGUAGGUUUGAUAACAUCACCGUUAACUUUAUCGCAGGCUUUCGAUGAUUACGUCCAUUUCAAUAAAAGAUAUCCUUCAAAAAGUUUAAAGGAGACUGAAAAUUACAAUUAAAACGGCUUCGGGGAUUUUAAGAACAUCUCUGUUUAUAUUAAAGUUUUAAACUCGCUCACCAAGCACUCUUCUCAUCAAUAUAAUUAUGGUAAGGAUCACUGUUUUUCUUAGUAAUAAUGAGCAGAUCUUCCUUUUGUUGUUUGAAAUAAUGUUCUCUCAAGUAUGUAAGCCCGUCGGAACUUUACAAUGUUAAAAAUUUUCCUUAAAUUCGGCAAACUCAGCUGCAGUUUUUUUCAUAUUUGUUCGUCCUCUUGGCGAGAAGGUCCCCGCAUGAGCCUCGCAUUCAUGAUCAAGGCCCACUCGUCCCAGAACUGUCGGAGAAUACGAAUUCUGUCUGUUUAAUUAUGGAAUGUUAUGCAAAUAUCUCAGAGAAUGAGUGACUGGCUGAUAAGCAACUUACAAAUAGUUAGGGACCAAUCAGCAGGUGCCGCAACGCAUUCGCAAUUUCAAUAAGAUUUAAUUAUGAUUGGUUUCUGGUACCAGCAUGCAGUUUCUGGGGUUUCGCUAGGUGGCCUUAUAAACACGUUCCAUUAAUUUUGACUAUGUUAUUUUUUCCCCUGCAUAUUAUUAAAGGUUGAUAUUAUAAGGGGGUGUCUCGUUCAAUUUGGAAUUUAAUUACAUUACUCUCGUGCUUAUUCCAAAUGCUUAAACUGCAUGAACCCGUAUUUUGUUACUUUUUUGAUCCUUUUUUACACUCGUGUAAAGCAUAUAGCCGGGUGCAUUGCAAAAUAUCCAAAGAAUUAUCUAUCAAUUGCAUACUGUAGUUGACUAGAAAAGUUCGGUAUGAGGUCAGUAAUUAGUUAAUUUACAGUAUCAUAUACUGUGAUUGACUCGGGGUGUGCAUCGCAAGAGAUCAUACACCUAUUUCAACUAUAAUUGAUUGUCUGUGUUUGUUUUAGUCCCCAGUAGGGCACCGUCUAAUGUAAGAGUGUCUAACGUACGGUUUGAUCAAGUCAAAGUGCAGUGGUAUCCCAUCCCUCAUCAAUUUGCUAAUGGGCGUCUCCUCGGAUACACUGUUUACUAUUACGAGUAUUAUAACUCGUACUUGAGAAAAUCGGCUAGCACCAGUAAUCCGUAUACUAACAUGGUGAUAUUAAGAGGUCUCAAGGCAGCAACUCACUAUCAAAUAGCCGUAGCAGCCUUUACGUCUAAAGGACCUGGAACCCAGUCUUACUGGCAGUCCAUAACAACAGGUGAUGUUUUAUGUCAUAAUGCUGUUAAAUUUUAGUCAAUUAUAAAAUUCUGAUUAGCGUUGAUCACCCUGCACAGAGAAGUCUUCUUUUCAUACUCAACCUCUAUUUAUUUUUAACUGUAAAAAUGUGUACGAAGAUAGAGCAAUGAAUUCUGAACAAAUUUCCAAGCUUUUGCGAGACGCGGCAUUUACAUAUCGGCCAAUAGAUCUGUCAUGUAGCGUAAAAAGUGACUUAUAUGGGGAGAUGUUGCCUCCUGAACAGUCAUUGUAUUAGAAAAAGUAUUACUUCAAUGUUCAUCAGUUUCUCGAGAGAUCUGAAUUCAUGCUUUCGUGAGCCUGCGAGGAAGCACUGCACUUGGGGAAAUCGACAGAAGUCACGCUAGAGUAGCACGCGAAAGGAGACGCGAGUGCAAGGUGCGGGGAAAGAAGUUGGAGCUUGCAACAAUCUCUCAUAAAUUUUCAUUUCCACCCCGGAAACCACAGGAAAACCGCAAAGAGUGAAAACUGUCACCGGAAACAAGAAAUGCGUCAGCCGUUUGUCAGUUACCUGCAUCGGCCACGAGCCAGUGACGCUAGCGUUCCAGGAGCAAGAUAUUACAAUUACAAUUACAAAGACAAGAUUACCAGAAGAAGACAAUUGGUCUGGACAUUCUGAUCUGGAUCGUAGUCUAUAAGCUUAGUCGGAGCUGUAAUCCUUUAAUUCAGCUGAGACGUGUCGCUUCUCAAAGAAGCUGCAUUCUCUUUAAACUUCUCUUUAAGCUGGGAAGCAAUCGGUCCAAUUUAGAUUUAAAUAAGUUCAUUGAUUUGCAAUCACGCAAAUCCUCGGCAACUCAUCCAAAAUAAAUGCAUCCCUAUAGCCAAAACGUUUUUGCCAAUUGGUUUUGGGAAGGGGCAUUUGAAAUCGAGAAAAGGAGCCCCUAGUAUCAUAGCUGGGCCUCAUUUUCAAAAAUUUUGGCAUAGGUAUUAAAUAAGGUGCCAUAUUGUUGUACACCUUGAACAUUUCUACAGCGAGCAGCAUAAAUGAAUAAAUAAAUAAUAAUAAAGCAUAAAGCAUAAUUCUGCCCACAGAAAGGUUGUCCCAUCCAAGCUCUUGCAGCAGGGAGCCGGAGCCAAAAUCACAACUGGAAAAGGUUAUGAUCCUAGCUGCGCAGUUUUGUUGUUUUUGAAGCUUUAGCGCUAGUUCUGAACCCAGACCCUCUCAAACAACGCUGCAAUCGUCUUUUUCCGUAUCGUGUUACUAAAUGUACGGCAAGCAUUUAUGGCGGGUCGGCAAUUUUUUAGCCAAUGGUAUUUCGCUUCGUCUGGGCGAAGCAGAAAUGAAAAAGAUCGUUGCAAGCUCUACUGUUCAGCCACUCGCGGCUUGGCCAUCCGGAUGUGUACCAACAUGGCGUCCCCAUACAAAGCUCUAUAAAUUUGUGUAAAUCAUUUCUCGCUUAUGAAACAUUGUACUGACCUGAAUCUUGGCGAGUAACUUAUUUAUCUCGAUUCAUUUCCCAGAUUCUGGACUAUAUCUAUUAAGCGGUUUUGAUUUCUUUAUUUUUUGAUGACGUGACAAUCAACAAGAGACAUUUCCGGUUUGCGUUGCAGGUUGUGGAGGCAGCUUAAAUGAAUUGUUUGGAAACUUACAAGUCGGCCAAAGAUCGUACUAUUCUUAUUCGCUGCAUUGCAAUUGGAAAAUUAGCAAUGCAGGGAUCAGCCAAGCUGUUGCACUUGUGUCAUUACCUCAACUGUCUCUGUCUUAUUAUAGGUUAGUGUGAUAUAUUUAUGGACUGCCAAUUAAAAAUUACAGUAAACAACCCCGAAUAAAUUAGAUCACACCGGAAACGCACACUAACGAUGGCAAAAAUGAUUUAACGAUCAAGACUCCCCCCCCGUCCCCUCGGGGUGGCAACAUAAGUAAGUAAAGUAAAAGCUUUAUUAAUGUGUCAAUGUAUUUAGUUUUCAAGGGGACACAAAAACUAAAAUUAUUUACAAAUAAGAAAUAAUAGUAAUAAUGUAUAUACAAUUAAAAUAUGUAACAUGUAUAAAUUGUAUUAAAAGAAUAGGUGUAUAAAAGGUAGUUUCUAAGAAUUGCAAAGGUUACAGCAGCUAUUGUUGUUGUUUAAGAGUGACGUUAGGUCUUUUUUCCUAAUGUUCUUUUUGAAAGAUUCAAUAUUCGAGGAGCUUUUCAAUUUAUUAUCUAGUUUCGACCAUAUAUGAGGUAUAUGGUAUCGUAUCCAUGACAACAACAUACACAGUCAGGUUUUAUUUACUUACAAAAGUUGGACGCAUAAUGUAUUAAUUUGAAGUGUAUUUGUUUUGUUUUGUUUUUUUGUUUUGCUUUUUGUUUUUGUUUUUUUUUUUUUUACAGUGAAUACGUUAAGGUGAUUGAUGGCAACGGUAUCACGGUUUUGAGUCGCUAUGGAUACUCGUCUGUCACUCAGAAAACUUUCAGGGAAGUUUCUUUUGGCAAUUGUGGAAACAUCACCGUCCAGGUCUACCUAAGGCGGAGCUACAGCAACUUCAAGUUACAAUUUGGAAUUUUAAAACAAGAAUUAGGUUAGCCUGCUAAAUUCGUUUAAUGUUGCUUCAAACCCUGCUACGGAAGCACACAACCCUGUGCACGCUUUGCAGCAAAACAAAGAUUUGGGUAGUGCCUCUGAUUUGUUGAACAUUGGUUUCAACCCAUCGGAAUCACUAAUCACUACCCAGGUCUGUGUAUGGGCAGUGACACAUCGUCACUACAGAAUCUCUGCGCUCGAUAUUCAGACAUUAUUUUGCGGGGAAAUUCCGAUACCCUUCCCCGCCCAUCACUCCUUUUUCCACACUCUCCAUGGAUGAUCACCGGUCUUUGAAACUUCCAAUUAUAAUUACUGUCAAACUCAGAAAACCGUGAACACCAGAAAAAUUUCCGGAAUGUUGAUUGUGUACUGGCUAAUCACUGUAAAGUUCAGGACACGCGAGCAAACCUCAAACCACAAUCUAAUUACCGUUGCUGUUUGCGGUUUAGUUAUCUCGCGCCUUAUUGGCUUAUUUCUCGCAACACAAUAACAUUCCAUAAAUAUUUCUGGUGUUCACGGUUAUGUGCGUUUCACAGUAACAUGUUACUUUAUUUUGCUCUUUUUUUCUUUGUUUUUAGCAUUUCCAUUGGCUAACUGGAGUGUUUCCUUUGACAAUGCUACUGCAACAAGCAUCCGAUUCUCUUGGCAAAACCUUCAAACACUCGUUGGUCAACAAACAAGUCAUUACUUCAUAGUCGUCAAAGACUUAUAUGGUAGUAGUCUAAACGAGUACAUCGUCUCAGGAAAUACUACUUCCCAUGUGUUAUCUGGACUAUCGGCAUGGAGGGAAUAUCGGUUAUCUCUUGUUGGUGUAAAUUACAGGGGGAAUGCCUACAAUAGUACAGAGAUCUCAGCAUGGACAGACGAAGGAGGUACGUGCAUUACAGGGUGUCCCAAAAGUUCGUUCCUCUAGCUCGUUUCAUGCGCUAUAACGUUUGAUCAAAACUAGAAGAUGUUUAUUGCUCUAUCGAGUACAUGUAUUCCGAAUUUCAGUAACCAGCAUUCCCCCUUUGUCUUUUUAUCACAUUCUAUAGCAGUUGCGGCAUGGAAUGGGAUACAACGUGUAGAGCCACAGAUUAUAUUUUUUGAGCUUUUGUAUCACCUGGUACGCAGGAGCCACUUCAUCUCCAGUUCGACCCCCCCUCAAACAACUUUUGUUUUAAGUUUAUGCAGAUGAAAAAAAUAUACUUUCAGCAUUCAUCCAAAAGCUGAAAGAUAAUCACCCUAGUCCCUAUCCACAGUAACGCUUUUGUACCUCUUCACAAAUUUGAGACGAGCUAAUCGUGUUUGACAGACUAACAGAGGUUUUAUUGCCGUCUCUGGGGCCUUUGAAUCCUCUAACCGUCGCUUUUAUUUUCAUGAAACUGCUCUAGACAUGGCUUGCUAACUAUUGUGAGAGCUAUCUCGUUGAGUUGUCUCUUUUGUGACCAACCUCAUUCAAUAUAUUUUAGCCGCUUCAUUCAGGACUAUCAGUCUUCCUCUUCCUUUUUUCUUAAUUUCUCGAUGACCAUUUCACCACCCAAGAUUCGAAUUUUUCCAGUUUUUUUUUUAGCAGUUAUAUCUACUGAUAAUCUGGCAAAUCGAAGUAAACAUGCUUAUGCUCUCAACUAGCUAAACGUUUUUGCGUUUAUAGAGAGUUUUUCUUUCAUAAUAUUCACGAAAAACAAGGAAGGAGUUUGAGCAAACCGGGCUCUGACAAAAUACACAAAAAAAAUUGGCGGGAAAAUGCACUCGCGCACGCGCACAUUUGGCGCGGAAGUACAGAAAUCGAAUAUUAGAGUCACAAGAUGGCACAACAAGCAUAAAAUCUUAAAUUAUAUUGAAAGACACAACUUUUGUUUAAACGAUUUAAUUACCAAGUCCAAUCGGAGUAUAAUACAGUCUUAUAUUGUAGAGGAGCGAACUUUUGGGACACCCUGUAUAUUACAAACAAAUUAUUUUUAACCCCGUUGAUUCUUUGAUUUCCAUAACGAAGCAUUAACGCUUUCAACUCCGUUCUAGCUAACAGAUCUCUAUAAUGUGUUCCUCAUCUUGUACAUAAGGACCUGAUCGAAAUUCUUGUGUUGAUUGUCUCAAUUUUGCGUGAGAGUCAUUCUCCUCUACGAAUGAAAUGCAUUUUUUUUCUUAGUCCCCAACACAGCUCCAUCGUAUAUCCGUCUUU